AGAGUGUGAAGCAGCAAGAGGGAAAGCCUGGGGGAAAUAAACACACAAAAACAGCAAAUCAGAGUGAGAGAGAGAGUGGUAGGAAGAGGAGAGAGGGAGAAGAAAGGCAGAACAGAGGAAAAGAAAGAGAAGAAAGCAGACAAAUAAAAGGUGUAGCGCGAGUACUAUCGUUGAGAGCUCCACCAGUCAAGAAUGGCGGUGACUAGAUGACAACACACACACAUUCACACACAACUUACAUCCCUUCCUGGAGCCUUGACAGGGAAAUCCACUCUUCAGCUGGUCCUACAUCACUGGAUCAUGUCGUCUACUGGGCCAACGAACCACAACAAGCAUCUGACAUCUGAAGAAGACAACUCACAGAAUUUGCUCAACAUUGAUGCUGCUCAGCACCUGAAGCUGAGGGACAGGCAGCGGUUCUUUGAAGACGUCUACCAGCAUGAAGUGGACAACUACCUGCCCUCUACACACUUGCAAAUCGACUGCAGGAAACCUCCAAUGGGAAGUAUUUCAUCUAUGGAGGUGAACGUGGACACUCUAGAGCAGAUGGAUCUGAUGGACAUAUCGGAUCAUGAGGCCCUUGAUGUGUUCCUCAACUCGGGUUCAGGAGCAGAGGAAGGAGCGCUGGCUUCUCCUCUACCAGUGGAUGAAGAUGAUGAUGAAGAUGAGGAAGAUGAGGAAGGGGAAGUUGUCUACAGGGAACGAGCACCACUUCAGCGGCAGAAAGAAGUUCACUGCAGGCCUCAGUCUCGUAUUUCCUCUACGUCGUCUGGCUCCAGCGUCACCAGCGCGGGUGGGGCCGACACGCCGGUGAUCCAGUCGGAUGAUGAAGAAGUGCAAGCCGACACUCUUCUACUGACCUCUGUUCCCCACGCAAGGGAUGAAGAAACAGAGGAGGAAGAUGAAGAAGAACGAUGCUUUCCAACUAAUCUUUAGAAAAUGAAAUCUGAUUUCAUUGCUCUGAAUCUGUAUUCUGUUAUUAUGAGUAAAUUCCUGUGAAAGGUUGGGCCAGCACCAACCUGCCGUGACCUUUGGAAUUUAAAUAUUUGUUUUUUCUUUAGCUCAUAACUUUUUCAUCAAGUUCUGAGUAAGAGUCAGUGACUAGAUUGUUGGCCGUGAUGACAAAAGGCGUUUACACCUGAGGCCCGACACAUUCUGUCUUCCUGCCAUAACACGUUCUUGCCUGACAUCAAACCGGUUCAAUGUUAUUCCUAAAAACUGCCAAAGAGAAAAUUCCCUCAAGGCCUUUUUCCUCACGAAGAGCCGUUUCAACCAGAUAAAAUGUAGGAAUUGAUCAAAUCACUACUUUUUGAACAAGGACAGUGUCACAAUAAAAAAAAAAAAGACUGAAAACCUAUUUUUUAGAGACAAUUUCUACUGUUCACAACAAAUAAUGACAUUCUGUAUCAGUUAAGAAUAAAAACAGAAUGUGAUGACUUAAAAGUAGAACCAACACAUCAUAUUAAAUAUAGAUACUGAUUUAUUUUUCUCCACCUCUUUAAGGUCAGGUGGUAAAGAUAAACUUGACACUUAACAUCCUGACAUCAUCUCCCAGAACAAUUUCACUGUGAAAGCUGGAAAUCUCUUACACAGAUCAGACAUCUGAACCAGACAUAGCUUUCAUCACAAUCUAAAGAGCAUAGGUGGAACAGAUAGAGUAUUACAAACCUGGAAUUACAAGGCUAAGUAUAAUCUACUGUAACCUGAAGCAGGCCUAAACAUCCAGUCUAGGUGCAUCAAAAGAUGAGACGCUGUUACAUCUUCUCAUUAAAACUAAAGCCACUAAAACCCUAAAUACAUUUUUUUUCUUUGCAUAAUGCAACAAUCUGUCAUCUUGAGGCUCGUUAUUCAAAAUAAUGCUUGAAAUGACGGUGUAUAUUUUCCCUGGUGAUGGGGACAGUAGAUACUAAAAUCAUUGCAAGCCAGUGGUAUUUUUGUGUUAGAGUAAGAACUUACCAACGGAUGGCCAUUAGGGUCAAAAAUCCGCGGGAGCGCAAUAUUCUAACGAAUACUUUGUCAGAUCAUUCAUCCUCCAGCAAAAAUGACAAACACACCAGCCUCCCUUUCAUCUCUGGGAACGAGUGAAGAGGUAAAUGUGUACAACAACAACAACAUUUAUGGAUGGCAAAAUUGGACCCACUCCCAUGUGUUUUAUACCCAAUUUUUAUGGUUAUGUGUUACAAAGUCGCCAAUAUUUUGCAACAACUGGGCAUCAUUUCAUUCAUUUUCAACAGCAUUUUGAUGGAUAUUUCCAGGGAUUGAUGGUAAAACCUACACAUUGUAACUUUGAAGGGUAUUUUUUAAAGCAGUGAAAUAGUUAAACAUUCUUCUCUAUUAUAAAGUGUUCAUAAAAAUAAUAAAAAAUCCAUCUCAAACUGUAAUUUACUCAAAUGAUAUUUGUACUGAUUUAUUUUCAAAGAAAUAAUGUGCUUACAUGAUUAAAAUCAGUGAUUACUUAAGUUUUUGACAGCUAUGUGGUCAGCAUCUGAAAUCGGACAAUUGCAUUUUCCUGUUUUUCUUUUUAUCUUCUUUUUUUUAACGGGAGAGAAUAACAUCACCUUAUAGGAGUUACCAAACAUCCACAUGAAUGCCUGUACUCUGGCAUGGCUUAAUUCAAAAUGUCGCUUACUCUUCAGUCUGUUGUUUUGGGACUUCAUUGUUUGCACUGAAACUAUACCUUAUUAGUUGAGUAGUAAAUGUUUAAGAUGACAGGACUUGAUUUAAGGAGUGAACUGACUAGACAAAGUUCAUGCAGUUUAAGUGCAGACGUUCAGCUCCUCACAGUUUCAAAAUACUUGUACUUAAUAGUACUUGGUGUCGAUGCUUUUCAUUUUCCUUGAUGUUGGCACAAAGAAACUUCAACGUCAGAAGUGAUGCAUGCCAUUAUGUCUUUCUGUCUCAAAGCUGUAAAUCUGGCUUUUCUGUAUAAAACAUGACCUUGUUCGUCCUGUAAGAUGUAAGUUAAGAGCUGUGUGUUUACAUUAUGAUCAUGUGAUCUGUGUGUGAGCGGUUUUUAUCCCAGGUUGAUCCUUGAAACAGUCAGUGUUAACCAACCAUUUUCCCCGAAAGCUGACUAUUUUACAAAACACACUAAAUAAAACCCUAACAGAUAGAAAACACAUCAAA